AAUAUAAAAACAAUAAUAAACGAUAAAACAAUGUUAAAAUAAUAUUAAAGCAAAAACAGAAACAGAGUCUCAUGCUGGGUUAAAAGCCAAGGAAUAAAAAUGGGUCUUAUCAAUGUACUACUGUACUACUGAUACUUGGUAGCUGCACACUAUAAUUAUACUAUUAUACAUACACUAUAAUAAUUUUAGCAUUUCAACUAUUUAUCCUUCAUCUAAACUAAACUUCUGGCUAUUCUAACCAUCCAAUACUCUCAGUUAACAGUUCCAACUAGUCAUCCAUACCCUUUAGUCUCUUAUUUAAACUAUUUACCCACAAUUUUAACUGACUGCUUGAACCUUUCAUCCUCUACUUUUAGGUAAGUAUUUUAACCUUUCAUCCUCUACUUUUAGUUAACUAGUUUAACCUUUUAAAUCUAGAUGUAUGGACUUGUCACGCCUUUUUUUAAAGGUUAAUUUUUGUCACUUUCUUCCAUCAUUCUGAGUGUGAGAGAGACAAAGGUUGCUGAAGUGGUAUCAGUUCUGCAGGACAUAAAGGUUGUACUAAUAUUACUUUGACUGAAUUAACACAAUAGACCUAACUACAUCUAUUACAAGUUGAAAGAUCUGAUUAAAAGCCUGUUCACUUCUAACAAAGAGUUGCAGUCCAACUGUAACAAUGUAAAAUAUUAAUUUUUAAUUUGCAGGAUUGUCUCAGCGGCUUCUGUAUAUAUUUAUAAAUACAUUAACAAUAAUUAACAUGAAGUGGAAACAUGAAGUGAGUGUAAAGAAGUAGACGCCACCCGUCCUUCUCUCUCUAACAGCUAAUUGUUGCACCGUCAUUGAUGUUUGUGAUGUAAGACAUUUCUAGUGAACUGUUGAGGUUUCCAGUAACAUGUUCUAGCAGAGGCUAGAACAUUUGUAAAGUAAUCCGUCAGUGUUUUGUUAACCUGUCACGUGUUAAAUGCAUCCAUGCAUCACGGAAAGGGGAAGUCGACCGCGUGUAAAAAGGUGGUGGCAUUGUCGAUCAGUCCAGUGUGCCUUGUUGUUUUUGUCGUCCACCUGCAGCAGCAUCAACACCAUGAACCGUCUGCUGCUCGGAGCCGUGCUGCUGGAGAACCUGAGCGUCACAGUGCAAGUUCCCGUGAUGCUCGCACCGCCCACUAAGGUGAGGUUCAACUCUUUGGACUAUAAAAACAUCCUAGUGUGGACUCCGCCCACAAACAGCACCACCCUGCAGUACUACGUCCAGUGGAAGAUUUAUGGAGAGCCUCAGUGGCUGGACGUGAAAGGCUGUCAGGGGAUCCAGAGGCACCACUGUGACCUCAGCGCCGUGACCUCUGAUACCAGAGAGUGGUACUACGCUAGAGUACAUGCCUCCUCUCUGCCCGCCAGCAAGUCAGACUGGGCCCUCUCCCCGAGAUUCAGCCCACGCUGGGACACCGUCAUCAGCCCUCCUGUGCUGAGGCUGAACGUCACAGAGGAAGGGAUUGUGGUCCGCGUGAAGCCGCCCAAACCGAACGUCCGGAAGAUGCACAGCAGUCUGCAAUACAAGAUCUACCUCAUACACACCAGUGGAGAGGAGGAGGUGUAUAAGCUGGACUGCUGUUCCAACAAGCUGCCUCUGAAGGAGCUGAACCAAAAGGCCGUGUACUGCCUCCAAGCCCAGACCAUUAUCCUGCUGCAGGCCAAGAGCAGCGCUCGUGGCUCUUUGAAAUGUGUCUCCACGCUCUGAUCACACAGACAUCCUCCAACAUGAUACCCUGAAUGUCUGGACUCCAUCACUCCAGCUUUAACUCUCCAUCGCUACCUCGACAGCUGCAGCCAUAAAUAUCCGUGCCAGUAAAAGUGAUGCACUUUAUUAUUAAAAGCAUUAAUCAAUAAUCAAAUGUACCUUUGUCUAUGUUCAAACUCUUUGAUUUACCUCCAGUACAGCCAGGCUCAGGCUGGUUUGUAUCUCCACCCGUGAGGAUCGAUAAAUACACUUUGAGCAAAGAGCUUUCUUUAAAACUGUGCCAGAAUAGUGACAAAUAAUGGGAGCUUUACUAUGACGUACUAAGCUGACACUGAUCAGACACACGACUUUGAGAAUGUGUCACAACGAAUGUAUUUGCUGCAUUUCAAAAUAAAAGCCAAAGGUGCUGUUUA